UGAUUGGUUUUGAUUUGCAGAUCUGUCCUAUGAGAAGUCCAUCAGUAAGACUGUCCAUGUAGGAAGAGAUUUGAAUAUCAGCUGUAAAUACCCACAAUCCCUCAGGAGUGACCCCAAGUUUCUCUGCAAGACGAAGCUGCAACGUGCUGCUUGUUCUUAUAAAGAAUUUGUUAAAGAAAGUAGAAAAUAUGUAAAUAUGGGGAAAUUCUCCCUGUAUGAUGACAGAGAAACACAAAUGUUGACUGUGAGUAUUAGAAAUGUAACUGAGCAGGACUCUGGUGAAUACUGGUGUGGAGCUGAAGCAGCCUGGACAUCUGAUCAUGGAUACAAGGUUUAUUUCACACAGAUCAACCUGACAGUUACUGAGCCACAUGUCCCAGUUUCAACCUCGAUACCAACACAACCUUCAUCAUCAUCAUCAUCAUCAUCGUCAUCAUCUUCUUCUGAGCCUACUCCAGCUUCUCCUCCAGCAGGAUUUCCAGUUUCCACUGUGUCGGUGAUUCUGCUACUGCUUCUGAUUGGAAUCAUAUUCCUCACUUUGACUCUACAGAAGAGAUGCAGUAUGCGAGCAGGUACAUCUUCUACUUGCAGGCAUUCUGACCAAGACUCAGGAAAUGCCCAACAGGUUUCUCUUGCUGUGUGUGCCUAUGAGGAUGAGAAAUCUGCUGAAGUUCUGACUUACACAACAGUGAUUAUUUACAGCAAUGCCACCAGCUCUAAUGAUGCAGUUCCAAGCAUUAAUGAUGAAGUCUCAUGUGACUAUACUUCAAUUUUCUGGAAAGAUGCAGUGAAGACACGUCUAUCAGAGUUCUGGUAGUCAUGAAGUACAGCACUCUGGACAAAACGUUUGAUUCUCUUUAUUCUUCAAAGCUCCAAUCCCAUAGUUUCUGCCUACUUAGAUUCUGAGCUAAUUUGCAUGAUUGCAUAAUUUCACUGUGUGUCAAACCUUUAUAAUGUUCCUGACCCUGCAAAACUCUGCACCUCUAUUAGCUCUAGGUAAUAGCAGCGUUGUAUCAGUAUCAUGUUAACCAACAAAGAAUGAAGGCUUUGGCAGAGAAAACAUAACUUAUUUUCAUUUAUUUGGUGGCACGACUUAAACUGUGGAUCUCAUCAGCCUACUGCCAGACUGUAGAAUGAACCUCUUUAAAGCCCCAGGGAAUGUAAAGUGGAAGUUCAUUUGUAUAACUGUGAGUGCUUGUGGUUGUCUGUUAAUACGGUGUUUAAUGUUCUGUUUUAUUAGAAUCAGGCUUUAUUUUUGUAAGAGAAAUGUGUUCAAGCUCAAACUGUAAACAAAAACACCACGAUGUAAUAUUAUAUCAGCAUUCUGUAUUAUACAUUUACAGCAUUUAGAAGAUGCCCUUUUCUACAGAGACUUACAGAAGUGCUUUGGAGAGACACAGAUAUAGCUACAGAUACAGAAAGUGUCCCUGUGUUACACCCCUAGUGUUCACACACGGACAGCAGGUACGUUGUUGUGCAGGAAGCUGAUCUCAGAACUGCAGAAUAUGUGAAUAUGUGGAGGUGUUUUCCCAAAGCAGCACCAGAAACUUCUACAAUUCAGACAAAGUCCUGCUCUCUCAUUAUUUACAUUUUUAAUCCUCCGUGGUGAAUUCUGUAGUGUUCAGUUUAAACUGUAUCUUUCUCCCUCUGUUACAUACCUUGUGCUGUAGAGGGCAGUAGAGGCCUUCUGGCAGUAGAGCAGUGCACACUCACAUGGAGUAAUAAAUAUCCUCAGUAAAGUUAAUAGUGGAGCACAGAGAGGAGAAAUAUCUCCCAUGGAGAAAGAUGCUCAGAUGCAGAAUGUUAAUAUUAAACACUCACACACCUUCAUAUUAUAGUUUAUGCACUGAAACUGACCACAGGCACAUAGUUCACACAUAUUUCACACACACACUUCCUGUAGAGCUAUUUAUCACACUUCUAGAAGGGGAAGUUGGCGUGCUGUGACUUUCUGCUUAAGACACAGAUGAAGACACACAGCACAUUCACAGAGCGGGACAGAGACAGUAACAGUGUGUAACACAACAGGAGCUUUAAUAUCUUUCUAAAGUGGAGUUGGUGUGGAGAUCUGGGAGUGUGAACUCAGGAUGAAGAUCCUCCUCAUCUUCACCCUCUGUCUGAUCUCAGAUGGAGGAGCCUCCAAGAACGUAACAGGAUAUUCACGAGGAGGAGUGCUUAUCAAGUGCAAGUAUGAUACAGAAUACACACAAAACAAAAAAUAUUUCUGUAAGGGUUCAUGGCCAGGCUGUUCUGACCAAAUAAAGACAGGAGAUAAAAACGAGUGGAUAAAUUCAGGAAGAUUCUCACUGUUUGAUGACACCAAAUCAGCAGAGUUCAGUGUGAAGAUCAGAGAGCUCACUGUAGAGGACACUGGGACAUACCAGUGUGGAGUUAAUAAAGAUUUAUGGAAAGACAUUUACACACCGGUGGAACUGAAGGUGAAGGAAGGUGAGUAGGAGAUAUUUAUUCAGACCUUUCAAGUAAAAAAUUGAAUAAAAUUGAAUAAUAAUGCAUGGCCGAGAAACCAAUCACAUUUUUGUGCAUGUUAACAUUUUAUAUUUAAAUUAGCUUCUGAAAUCCAAACCAAUUUGUAUGAAUAUCACAAUUAUUAAUUUCUACACAAUAAUGGCUGUAUAUAAGUCAUUACCUGAUCUUCAUACAUCACAGUUACAGUUUAAUGGAGAAAAAAAUGAAAAAAAAAACUUUAUUCAUCUCAUGAUAAAAAGACAUGAAUUUAAAUGAACAUUGAGGAAAUGUGGUUGGAUUUCUGUCUCUUCGCUGUGGGCGGAGUCGGUUACUCAUGACUAGCUAGCUAACGUUAGCUAACUUACUCUCACUGCAAGCAGCAAUGUUAACGCUGGUAGUGUUGGAAUUAAUCAGUGUUUCAGUAAUGUUAGUCACAGCACUCAGAUAACCGCUGUGUGUAAAUAAUAAAAUUAGCCGUGUUUGAUAGUAAGCGAGCUAACGUUACGCUAACGGCUGUGUGUAAAUAAUAAAAUUAGCCGUGUUUGAUAGUAAGCGAGCUAACGUUAUGUUAACUGCUUCCAGUUUUAUUUAAUUGAGCAGGAUUGAACUUGUUUUUACCAGGGGGCUCGGUCUCUAGAGAAGUGAGUGCAUAUGCAGGGGGAGGAAUCAACAUCAAGUGCAGAUAUGAGGAUGAAUAUAAAGACAAACCCAAAUCUUUCUGUAAGAUGGGAACACAUCAGUGGUGUUUUAAUCAAAUAACAACAAAACUACACAGUGAAUGGUCACAUGAUGGCAGAUUCUCAAUUCAGGACAACAGAAGUGCAGGAUUCUUCAGUGUGUUUAUCAGAAGAAACAUCAGAUUUAUAUGUAAAUUUACUGUAUAACUGUCUAAGUGUUGUUAAUCAGAGCUAGGACACAUAUACACAUAUAAACUGAUCUGAUUGGUUGUGAUUUA